CAUGAAUUUGUUCAAUUCUUUAAAAAAAGUCCCCUUAAGCUUCUGACUAUCAUUAUAUAUUGAUGUACAUAUCACUACAGCAGUCUGUCAUACUGCUUUAAGUAUUAUUUGUUUUUCUGACAACUGAGUCAUAGAUAAUGUGAGAAAAUAAGAUUGCCCUCUCAGUUUAAAGAAUCAUUAUGAGAUGAUAGCACACCAACUAUAGCUCCUUAUAACGUUAAAGAUACAUUGGAGGAUGUGUCACCCCAAUCUUGCUUCUGAAGACCGAACUGCACACACAUAUUCAACACUUUUUAAAUAAUAAGAGCUGUAGUGUAACCUUUUUGAAAAGGUAUCAGAUGGACUUCUGAAAAUUAAAAUAAUGUGCUUAGACAUUGGCUGUUUUGUAGCUUUAGCAUUUAUUCUACAAGUAUUUUCCAUUUGAGUUGAUAGCAUGUAUGUAUUCAUGUUAGGGAAAGAAAUAAAACCACAAACCUAGUACUGAUCUUUCCAUUACUCUUCAAGAUGAUAACCAUCAAGAAGGUGGUCUUGUGUAAAAAAUUAUUAGCUUCAUAAAGUUGGGGAAUACCUUGGACAAUUUUUUGUAUACUGGAGGUUACAUAGACAUAUGUCUUUCUAUUGUGUAGAUAACGGCAUUCAUGAUGCAACAGGAACAGAUUCAGUGUUGUCGGCAGAGCAGUAGCUGCUGAAGUCAUCUCUCCUUCUUGCCAAAGGCUGGACUGACGCAAAUGACUUUCAGAAACUCAAGAAUGAACACUCCGUCAGAAACUAGUAAACCUGUAAAAAUGGAGAGUGGGGAUGGGGACACAGGCACACAGACAAAUGGCCUGGACUUUCAAAAACAGACUGUGCCUGCCACAGGGGCAAUCUCUACAGCCCAGGCCUUUCUUGGACACCUUCAUCAGGUUCAGCUCCCUGGAUCAAGUUUACAGGCUGCUGCCCAGUCCUUAAAUGUACAGUCUAAAUCUAAUGAAGAAUCGGGAGACAGUCAGCAGCCAACUCAGCCUUCGCAGCAGCCUUCAAUACAGGCAGCCAUACCCCAGACCCAGCUCAUGCUGGCCGGAGGACAGAUCACUGGGCUCACGUUAACACCAGCCCAGCAGCAAUUAUUGCUACAACAGGCACAGGCACAGUUGCUGGCAGCUGCAGUGCAACAUUCAGCUAGUCAGCAGCACAAUGCUGCAGGCGCCACCAUCUCAGCUUCUGCUGCAACGCCCAUGACACAAAUCCCUCUAUCUCAGCCGAUACAAAUUGCACAGGAUUUGCAGCACCUGCAGCAGCUCCAACAACAGAAUCUCAACCUGCAACAGUUUGUGUUGGUGCAUCCAACAACCAAUUUGCAACCAGCACAGUUCAUCAUCUCACAGACACCGCAGGGGCAGCAGGGUCUCUUGCAAGCGCAGAAUCUCUUAACACAACUACCUCAGCAAAGCCAAGCCAACCUCCUGCAGUCUCAGCCAAGCAUCACUUUCACCUCUCAGCAGCCAGCAACCCCAACACGCACAAUAGCAGCGACCCCUAUUCAGCCACUUCCGCAGAGCCAGUCAACACCAAAGCGAAUUGAUACUCCCAGCUUGGAAGAGCCCAGUGAUCUUGAGGAGCUUGAGCAGUUUGCCAAGACUUUCAAACAAAGACGCAUCAAACUUGGAUUCACUCAGGGUGAUGUUGGGCUCGCUAUGGGUAAACUCUAUGGAAAUGAUUUCAGUCAAACUACUAUCUCUCGCUUCGAAGCCUUGAACCUCAGCUUUAAGAAUAUGUGCAAGUUAAAACCACUUCUGGAAAAGUGGCUCAAUGAUGCAGAAAACCUCUCAUCUGAUUCAGCUCUCUCCAGCCCAAGUGCCCUGAAUUCUCCAGGGCUGGGAAUUGAGGGCUUGAACCGCAGGAGGAAGAAACGCACCAGCAUAGAGACCAACAUACGUGUGGCCUUAGAGAAGAGUUUCCUGGAGAACCAAAAGCCUACCUCGGAAGAGAUCACCAUGAUAGCUGAUCAGCUGAAAAUGGAGAAAGAGGUGAUCCGCGUUUGGUUCUGUAACCGGCGCCAGAAGGAAAAAAGGAUUAAUCCACCCAGUAGUGGUGGAACCAGCAGCUCACCCAUCAAAGCAAUGUUCCCUUGUCCAACUUCAUUGGUGGCAACCACACCAAGCCUUGUGACAAGUAGUGCAGCUACUACCCUGACUGUCAACCCUGUGCUCCCUCUAAGCAGUGCGGCUGUAACGAGUUUGGCAGUCACAGGCACCACGGAAACCAUCCCCAACAAUACCGCAGCUGUAAUUUCUACGGCAACCCCAGCUUCCUCAGCAGUGACAUCACCAUCUCUAAGUCCCUCUCCUUCUGCCUCUGCUUCCAUUUCUGAGGCAUCAAGUGCCAGUGAGACCAGCACAACACAGACAACCUCCACCCCUCUAUCAUCAGCAAUUGGGACCAGCCAGGUGAUGGUAACUGCUUCUGGGUUACAGACAGCAGCAGCUGCUGCACUACAAGGAGCUGCCCAGUUGCCUGCAAAUGCAAGUCUUGCUGCCAUGGCAGCUGCAGCAGGACUAAAUCCAGGCUUGAUGGCAUCCUCUCAGUUUGCAACUGGAGGUGCCUUACUCAGUCUCAAUCCAGGGACACUAGGCGGUGCUCUCAGCCCAGCUCUGAUGAGCAACAGUACACUAGCAACUAUUCAAGCUCUUGCAUCUGGUGGCUCGCUUCCAAUAACAUCACUGGAUGCAACUGGGAACUUGGUAUUUGCCAAUGCUGGAGGUACGCCUAACAUCGUAACUGCCCCACUGUUCCUGAACCCUCAGAACCUUUCACUGCUCACCAGCAACCCGGUUAGCUUGGUCUCUGCAGCUGCAGCUUCCGCAGGGGCCUCUGGACCGACAGUCGCCAGCCUUCAUGCCACCUCCACCUCAGCAGAGUCUAUCCAGAACUCACUCUUCACAGUGGCCUCAGCCAGUGGGGCUACCUCCACCACCACUACUGCCUCCAAGGCACAGUGAUGAGUUGAGCUGAGCUGUGCUCCCCCUAGCCCAUUUCACUCUGUGGUGAUUUUGGCCGCCAGCUGGGUUUAUAAACUGCAAAAUGUGAUUGGCUUCUUCUUGCCAUGUUGCUGGGGACAAGGGAGAGAAGGAAAAAUACAAAAAGGGGGAAAAGAAGUAAAAAACUACAAGAAGAAGGAUUUAAAACUGGGACAAGUAUUUGCCUAAUUUUAUAAUAAACACUGUCUUUUCA